ACAAUGCCUUCCCUUCACUGGCUGCAUCCUUUCUGCACCAAGGAAGAGCACCGGAGAGUGAGAGGGGGUUGUCUUUAAGGAGCCGGCUCGCUUUCCCCCAAAGACCAGAGGCAGGCAGAACUGGGGAAGAAGGCUCUCUCCACACAGCAUGCUUGCUACAGUUGGACGGAGGAUGGCCAAGCCAUCCCCCUGGUGGCUUUUCCUGUCUUUCUCUGCCACUCUCCAGGUGGUGUCUAUGGAGCAAGGUGCUGUGCCUGCCUGCCCGCCCCAGUGCCACUGCGAGGAAGAUGGCAUCAUGCUGUCAGUGGACUGCUCGGAGUUGGCUCUCACUUCUGUCCCAGGCAGCUUGAGCUCCUUCACAGCCUACCUGGAUUUGAGCAUGAAUAACAUCAGCGAGGUGCUUCCUGGUGACUUCCAUCACUUGCGCUUUCUAGAGGAAUUGCGCCUGUCUGGAAAUCAGCUCUCUAAGAUCCCAGGAGAAGCAUUUUCUGGCCUCUACAAUUUAAAGAUUCUGAUGUUACAGAACAAUCAGCUUAGUCGAAUCCCAGCAGAGGCUCUAUGGGAUCUUCCAAACCUUCAGUCACUGCGCCUGGAUGCCAACUUGAUUUCUGUGGUCCCAGAGAAGAGCUUUGAGGGGCUGCCCUCCUUACGUCACCUUUGGUUGGAUGAUAAUGCCCUGACAGAGAUCCCUGUCAAAGCACUCAAUAACCUCCCAGCGCUACAGGCCAUGACUCUGGCACUCAACCAAAUCUGGCACAUUCCUGACUAUGCCUUCCAGAACCUCACCAGCCUUGUGGUGCUACACCUGCAUAAUAACCAGAUCCAGAGCCUGGGGAUGCAGGGCUUUGAAGGACUCCACAGCCUGGAAACUCUGGACCUAAACUAUAAUGAACUGGUGGAGUUUCCAGUGGCCAUUAGGACCCUCGGCCAACUUCAGGAGCUGGGCUUUCAUAACAACAACAUCAAGGCUAUUCCGGAGAAAGCAUUUGCUGGGAAUCCAUUACUCCAAAUUAUGACCUUGACCCGGGCUGGAAUCCAUUUGCUUCCUGGAGGAAUGUGCCAGCAGUUGCCCAGUCUGCAAGUUCUUGAGCUCUCACAUAAUCAAAUUGAGGAGCUGCCCAGUUUUCACCGCUGCCAGAAGUUGGAGGAAAUUAGCCUCCAGCACAACCAGAUUCAUGAAAUCAGAGCAGACACCUUCCGCCAGCUCACAGCCUUGCGUUCCAUAGACCUGAGUUGGAAUUUCAUUCGGACCAUCCACCCAGAGGCCUUUGUAACCCUCCCCUCCCUCAUUAAACUGGAUUUGACCGACAAUCAGCUGGUGACACUGCCAUUGUCUGGUUUGAGUGCACUAACUCACCUGAAACUGAGAGGCAACCCUGCGCUGUCUGAGUCCUUCCCUAACGAAAACUUUCCCAAGAUGAGAGUCCUGGAGGUGCCCUACGCUUACCAGUGCUGUGCCUAUGGAGCAUGUGGCAACUUCUUCAAAGUUUCCAGUCAGUGGGACUCGGAGGAUGUGAGUCCUGAGGAUGAGGACGGCCACAAGAGGAGCUCAGGACUGCUGCCAAGCCAUGCCGAUAAUCAUUAUGACCUGGACAUGGAGGAUUUCCAGUUGGAAAUGGAAGAUUCAAAGCUACGUCCAAACAUCCAGUGCACACCCAGCCCUGGUCCCUUCAAGCCAUGUGACCACCUGUUUGAGAGCUGGGUAAUCCGCCUGGGCGUCUGGCUGAUCAUGCUGGUCUCCCUCCUGUGCAACGGGCUGGUCAUGGUGGUGGUCUUUGCCUCCCCUGGUUAUCUGUCUCCCAUCAAAUUUGUCAUUGGCAGCAUCGCCGGAACCAACAUGCUGACGGGCAUGUAUUGCGCCAUCCUGGCUUUUGUGGACACCAUCACCUUUGGCCAUUUUGCCAGAUAUGGAGCCAGGUGGGAGACAGGUGCAGGGUGCCAGGUCACUGGGUUCUUGUCAGUGUUUGCUUCGGAGGCUUCCAUCCUGCUCUUAACACUGGCUGCUAUUCAGUGCAGCCUGUCAGUAUCAUGCAUGAAGACAUAUGGGAAAGUGCCUUCUUCUGGCACUGUCAAGGCUGGCGCCCUGUGUUGCCUGGCCCUCUCCUCUGUGGCGGCAGCUCUCCCCCUCUUUUCUGUGGGAGAGUAUGGGGCAUCCCCUCUUUGCCUACCUUACGCCCUCCCUGACGGAAAGCCUUCCAUGCUGGGCUUCAUGGUGGCCCUGGUGCUGGUCAACACCCUCUGCUUCCUCAUAAUCACUGGCACCUACAUCUGUCUCUAUUGCAACCUGCUGAAAGGGGAAUUUGACUCAGUCUGGGACUGUGCUAUGAUUAAGCAUGUAGCCUGGCUCAUUUUUAUCAAUUGCCUUCUCUAUUGUCCGGUGGCCUUCCUCACCUUCUCUUCCAUGCUCAGCCUCUUCCUCAUCACCCCUGAAGUCAUCAAGUCUGUCCUGCUGGUGGUGCUACCUCUUCCAGCCUGCUUGAAUCCCCUGCUCUACCUGCUCUUUAACCCCCACUUCAGAGAUGACCUGAGGCUACUAAGACAGAAGACCCAGGCCCAGGAGAACUGUGCCCAAUCCUAUGUGUCCGAGGACACAGAGAAGAGCUCAUAUGACUCUACCCAGGCCCUCGUUCCUUUCUCUGACAUGGAUCAUAUAUUUGAGGCACCAGACAUCUUCAGAGUGCCAUCUAGAUGCCCACCUGUCCUGGAUGCCUACAGCUUCCCCUCAGUGACUCUCAUCCCGUGCCAACAAAAGGCAAGUACCAGAAGGCAUGACAGUGACUUUUCCACUCAUCUCUCUUGCCUUGCUGACGAGUUACUAAUUGAGACAGAAAGCAAAGACCCAGCAAGGGACAGCCUUCGGAUCACCUUGUUUCCCACAUCACCAGCACCAGCCUUUACCUCUCACUUAUAA